UGAUGAAAUCGAUCGGAUGAUCGAGCCGAUCGUUAACGAUAAGUGUUGCGGACUGAAAUCGAAUUGUCGGAAAAUUCGCGUUGAUUUAAUAUCGAUGAUCGUCCGAGGAUCGUGAAUACCGCGAGGUAUUUUUCACCUGAUAUCGUGAAUUCGGAGGAGCUUUUUUCCUCGUAUUCCAACGCGUGUGUGUCCGUGUGCUUUUUAACUCGAACCCUUCUUUCGGAUUUUACGUGAAUGGUAUCCUCGUUGGGCUUCAGGUUCGGGAAUUUCCGUCCUGAGCGCCUUUGAUUAGUAGGGCUCGAUGUCCCGCCCGCUCGACGAAGGGAUUAUCGCCGAACGUUCAACGGUCUUGUCGGAAAAAAUUUACCGGACCAAUUCAGCUGCCGCCGGAUUACGAAGCUUCUGCAUUCUGACGCUGCUCGUCGCGACGCCUCGCAAAGUAGAAUCUGCAGGGGGGGACCCCUGCGUCCCAGCAAAACGGGCGUAUUCCUGGCCGCCCGGAUUCGGCCCCGCAGGAUCGUUGGAAUCGGUGUACCUGGGGUACGGGGGUGACCCAUGGGGCACGUCCUCGCCAACCACUCACGCCGCGAAGGAGCGUCACGCGCGUUUUUCCUGGCAGACACAAAGUGCCUCGGCAUCAAGAAACGUCUCGAAUACAACGGAGACCGAACUCAAUCCCGUAACCGAGACCAAUUCGUCCCGAUUAAGAAGACGAAAGCGAGGUGCGAUGCACCUCUACAACAUGGUGUUCUGUGCAACCGGAUGUAACCCCCUUGCCUACAAGGGAUACGGAUGUUACUGCGGGUUUUUAGGAUCGGGAUUUUCCACAGACGGUAUCGACAGGUGCUGUAAGAUGCACGAUUGGUGCUACGAGGCAACGGACUGCCCGAUGUUCUUGGAGUACUUCGUUCCUUACUACUGGAAAUGCUACCGCGGCUACAAACCGAUAUGCGCCGUCGAGCACGGGGAGUGGGGAGGAUCUGGGUCGUGUGCCCAACGUUUGUGCGAAUGCGAUCGAGCCUUGGCAGAAUGCCUGCGUCGGUAUCCUUGCCCAACAACCAAAGCCAUGUGCACGUCUUCCGCCUGGAGACUGGUGCAAAAUUUAUUUAUGGACAUGUAACGUUGAGCUGGAGACAUAGAAUUUAAUGAAUCUAUUUAAUAGGACUAAUUAAACUU